UUGGUCUAGUAAUAGUGUCACUGGUGUGGAGUGGGCUCACAGGUUUCUUUGUCUUUUUGUUUAAGGACACUGACUGAGGGGAGACCUGAAGGCACACACUGCAAAUAUGGCAGGCUAUAAUGAGAAGCAAAGGCCCAAAAGUGCGACUGUCUGUGGCUACCCAAUAAGCAUCUUUUUCAUCGUGGUCAAUGAGUUCUGUGAGCGCUUCUCCUACUAUGGCAUGCGCGCGGUGCUGGUCCUGUACUUUAAGUACUUCCUGAAUUGGGACGAUGACUUUGCGACCACCAUCUACCACACCUUUGUGGCCCUCUGCUACCUGACACCCAUCCUGGGGGCCAUUGUAGCAGACUCAUGGCUCGGCAAGUUCAAGACUAUUAUUUACCUGUCCAUCGUGUACGCCGCUGGACAAGUCAUCAUGGCUAUAAGCGCCAUCCAUGACAUCACAGAUGCCAACAAGGAUGGGGUGCCUGACAACAUGACCUUCCAUGUAGCUUUGUCCAUGGUGGGUUUGCUGCUCAUCGCGCUGGGAACGGGAGGCAUCAAACCCUGUGUGGCUGCCUUUGGUGGGGACCAGUUUCAGGACCAUCAGGAGAAGCAGAGGGGCACCUUCUUCUCCAUCUUUUACCUGUCCAUCAAUGCUGGCAGUCUGCUGUCCACUGUCAUCACCCCCAUCCUCCGAGCUCAGGAAUGUGGCAUUCACACAAAGCAGAAGUGCUACUCUCUGGCCUUUGGUGUCCCUGCCGCUCUCAUGGUGGUAGCUCUGAUUGUGUUCAUUAUUGGAAGUGGUAUGUACAAUAAGACUGCCCCUCAAGGCAACAUCAUGGUGAAAUUCUGCAGAUGCGUUGGGUAUGCAAUCAAGAACCGCUUCAAGCAUCGGAGUUCUCAUUUCCCUAAAAGAGCUCACUGGAUGGACUGGGCCGAGGAGAAAUAUGACAAACUCCUCAUUGCCCAGGUGAAGAUGGUGCUGAAGGUGCUGUUCCUCUACAUCCCACUGCCCAUGUUCUGGGCUCUCUUUGACCAGCAGGGUUCAAGAUGGACGCUGCAGGCGACCACCAUGAACGGAGACUUUGGUGCCCUCACCAUCUACCCAGAUCAGAUGCAGACUGUCAACCCUAUCUUAAUCCUGAUUUUGGUGCCAAUUGUGGACAGUGUGAUCUACCCACUGAUCGCCAAGUGCAAGUUAAACUUCACUCCAUUAAAGAGGAUGACAGUGGGGAUGUUAUUUGCUGCUCUGGCGUUUGUGGCCGCAGGUCUGGUCCAGUUACAGAUCGAUCAAACGCUGCCCAAGUUCCCAUCAGGCAGUGUGAGCCAAGCCAAGUUCAUCAACAUGUUAAACCGGUCGUUGUCCCUCAGAGCAGGAACCUACGAGCUCACCCUGGAUCCUCUCAAGGCCAAUGACAAAUACCUGAGCUUUGAUGAUUCAUUUGUUCUGGAUCUGGGGAUGGUCCAACAUCCAAUAUCUUUACAGGACGGGACUCGGAAUACUAUCGUCAUCAUUCAGGAAGGGCCCUUGCCUGAGACUUUGCAGUUCAAGGAUCUGAAGUCAAAGCCGGAGCAGGGAGCUAAUAGUAUCAGAUUUCUGAACGGUUUCGGUUCCGAAUUGAACAUAACAAUAGGCAACAAGGACUGUGGGAGUGUUGUGUCUAACAACAUGACGGAAUAUGUUGACGUGUCACAGGGAACAGCUCACUUCUUGAUUAAGAAUGCCACUGGAGAUGGGGAGUGUACCUACUCUCAAACACUGGGCUUUGGCAGCUCUUACACCUUGAUCAUCCCUCCAACGUUAACAUUGGAUGAAAAUUGUGCAAAGAGCAUCAUUGAAGUGAUGGACAUCGCGCCCAACAGUGUCCACAUGGCCUGGCAGAUUCCUCAGUAUUUCCUCAUGACUAUAGGAGAAGUGGUUUUCUCUGUCACUGGUUUGGAGUUCUCCUACUCACAGGCACCGAGCAACAUGAAGGCUGUGCUGCAGGCUGGAUGGCUCUUAACUGUCGCCGUGGGAAACAUCAUUGUGCUCAUCAUUGCUGAAGCUGUGACACUUGACGAGCAGUGGGCCGAAUACAUCCUCUUUGCCUCUCUGCUGGUGGUAGUGUGCAUCGUCUUCUCCAUCAUGGCCUAUUUCUACACAUACAUUGACCCGGUCAAGAUAGAGGCCCAGUUUGCAGAGAAGGAACCUACAGAUAAGAAGAAGAUGAGGGAUGAUGACUAUUAUGAGCAUAACUCUGACUCCAGCUCUGAUGAGGAUGAAUUCAAGCAGUCCAAGUUGUAAAGUGACCCUUCCUCUGCCUGUGCCAGUGAAUCAAUGCAGACCAGUGCACCGCUGUACAGAAAAUGCAUGGAUAACCUGAGAGAAAACGGUGCCAAGUUGUCGAGAACGCAGAAAUGGAGCUUAGAUGGUUAAGCUACUGUAUACGUAUGCACAGUAUUAGUGAAGGACCUUGGUAGAGAUAUUUCAUAUUCCACUUAUUAUCACCAAAUCUCAGGAGAAUAUUCCUCAUUUUUAGAGGUUACUUGUGCGAUCAAAAAAAAAAACCGUGGAUCUUGACCAAUUUUUGAUCUUGUUGUAAAUUUCUUGUAAGUUUUAAACUGAUUUAUUCUGCACUGUGUAGCCCCUUAUCUAUGUGAUAUUUGUUUUAUAGUCUUACAUAGUGUGGUGGAGUACACACAUACACACACACAAACGUUCCAAUGUCCUGUAUUUAUUUGCAAGCACAGUGUUGUAUGUAUUGUAAUAUAUUGUCAUUGUUGUAUAUGUACGGAUGCCCUUUUAUCACCUGCUCCAGGUUAGAAAUGUAGUGAAAGCCCCAAAAGUAAGUGAAAACAAAUGUAAAUCAAUUGUGGGUUUAUUUAACCUAUGUAAUAUCAUUUCAAAUAAAGGUUCUUUUUCAGCCUUAUACUGUA